UGGUCAAAUAGCUCAGAAAAUUUUCUUCAAUCCCAAAUACAAACAUGCUGCUCAAUUCUAUGUAGAAAUGGCCGACGCCUCGACGGCCAAGCGCAACCCCAACCCCUCAUCGUCGGAAACAGUGGCAAACAACGACGAUCUGUUGAAUCAAAUCUUACUAUAUCUGCCGAUACGAUCACUCCUCCGAUUCAAAUCUGUAUCCAAACACUGGCUCUCUCUCAUCACCAACCCCCACUUCCUUCACCUCCGAACCACCCACCCAAACCCCCGACCUUCCGGCCUCUUCUUGUACCGCGAUUCCCACCAAAUCCAUCCUGAUUUCGAUUUCCUCUCUCUCCUCAAUUACGAAUCCCCAUCAAAACCCCCUUUCAAUGCCCUAACUUUCGUCCACGAUCCCUCCGAUUUGCGAAUUUUACAGUCCUGCAAUGGUCUCUUACUCUGUCGAGGUCUCCAUUUAUACAUCUAUAACCCUACUACUAGUCAAUUCGCUACUCUUCCUCAACCUCCUCGCCGUGUUCUCGCACCUCUACGCUGUUACACUACCUUUUAUGCUUAUAAUUUAGCUUUUGAUCCCUCCAAAUCGCCUCACUACAAAGUUGUUUCUGUUAAUUUCUAUUGUGGAUUGCCUGAUCAUUAUGAACUCGAUAUCUAUUCUUCCGAAACUGGGAUCUGGUCGCCCUCCGGUGACCCUUUCACCGGUGAUGUUAGUUUCAAUCUUGGUGUGUUUUGGAAUGGUGCUCUUCAUUGGAUUUCCACCUCAGGUGGCGAUUCUUUGUAUUUCAAUGUCGACAAAGAGCGUCUUGAAACAAUGCCGAUGCCUCCUAUCCCGGAUGGUUGGGAGGAGAGGAGGCUCAGGUAUUUUAGGGAGUCUCGUGAUCAUUUGCAUCUCAUUGAGAUUUACGGUCCUCACACUACGCAAUUCAAUGUGUAUAAGAUGGAGAGGGACUACUGUGGGUGGUUUGUCAAGUACCGGGUUGAUAUUGAUGCGAUUCCGAAUGCAUUUCCGGAGAUGAUUCACAGCUCACUUGAUCCGUCGGACUUGUAUUACUAUCAAUUUGUCAUACUGGAUCUUAUUCGGGAAGAGAACGAUGAGGAGUCAUUUUUAGUGCUGUACAUACCUGGUAAGGUCAUACGGUAUAAUUUUCGGGACAAGAGUUUUAGAGAGCUGUUUGAUGUUCCUCGUUGCCCUGAUAAUGAGUGUUUUUCUUUUGAAGGUUCAUUAAAUUUUAGUGGAUGGUUUGACGCUUUUGAAUUCAUUGAGUCUCUGGCAUAUGUUUGACAUUGUUUCCUACUCAAAAUCCUUUGUGGUUCACCUGUUUUAUGAUGUCUAUGUUGUGUUUUCAAUUGUAUAACUUGAUUACAAGAAUAAUGCACCAAUUGCCUAAGAGUUAUUUGAGGUCGGUUCAUUUUGCUUCCGGUUA